AUGCACCCGCCACAGGCCAUGCCCGGAGCCGACAUUCUUCGGCCUGUACCACCAGCCAGUCCCAUACCAUCUCCGCGACUGCCACCUCUCGUAAACACCCCGACCUCGAGACCCUUGAUCAUAGGCGCCAAUUGGAGACAAUACGACGAUAUGUCUGCCACAAACCCUGAAUCCUCACGCCCGUCCACUCCAGCUCUACCUACAUCAAAGAGACACGAAGAGCACGCCGACGCCUCCGCAAGGACACCACAACGCCCGUCGCCAAAGAGAACGUCAACGCCUGCCUUCCUUGAACUGGUCCUGAAUGAGGAGUAUCCCAUGUGGAAAAAUGUCGAUUCUGGCAGCGACUCGUUCAAUCGCUCCAAUAUGCUCGUUCAACUCGAUGAGAUCCUCACAGGCUGGACAGUGGACCAAAAGCUAGAGUUCAACCAAAUGCCACUGCGCCUCGCCGGCUCAGAGCCCUGUCUCUUUUACUCUAUCCUCGCUACCGCCUCCAUCAUGAUGCCUCCAGGUCUCAUCUCACCGACUGUCCCACGCUGGCUACAGAACCGCACGGUCGAAUGCCUCAACCAAGCCUUCGCAGACCCCAAACGUGCAUACAGCGACGCCACAAUCCUGACGCUGAACAUGGUGGCCCUCUUCGAAUCUUGUAGCGGCCACGCUUCCACCGCCGCCUCCACCCAUCAGCCCGUUUUGCGCCGCAUGGUUGACGAGCGCGGUGGAUUGACCGGACUCGUCAAAGACGAAAACGAAGACUCGAAAAACUUGGUCAGGAUCCUGGCUUGGACGGAUCGUGUCAUCAGGUGUCAGACCAGUAAUCCGCUCAUGUUUGGAGACUUUAGAGAAGAAGAGAGUUUGCAGAAGACUGAUUGGGAGGGCAUCUGGGCGAGGAUGGAGAGGAGGGUGGAGGAGAAUAGGCCGCAGCCUAUUGAGGAGUUGCCUGAUUGCUAA